UUCAGGAUGAACUCAAAAGAAAAUGUUGCAAAAUAAAGAAUAAAAUAGUUAAAUAGUUGGAAUAUGUGAGAAUAAAAUUGAAAACAGUGAUAAAAGUUGUUGGUAUAGUUUAUAUACUAAUAUAUUAGUUCUGUUUUAAUAGAAUAAACCAGGAAAAAGCCACCACGUUAUCAAAAAUGUAUGGCCAUGCUGAUUACAACGACGCUAAUAAGGUUGUAAUUUUACAAGGAAAUAUAUUUCUACCAGCACAAAUAUUUGUAUUCUAUUUAAUAGAAUAACAUAAGGAUUUUACCUAGAACGAGUUAUAAUGUUAAAAAAAAAAUACAAACAAAAACAAUGUUUGUUUGCACAUUUAAUAGAAUAAAGUAGUAAUUCUAUGUAAACCUACAGGUUGUUUGGUUCUAUGAGCAGAAAAAGUCUAAUUAUUUUGAGAAUAAUUAAUAAUUUUAGGAGGAACACUUGCGUUAUGAUGAUCUUUACAAUAAAAAGGUGGUUAUUAGAAAAAAAGAAAAAAAAAGUUUUCAUUUUCGGUGGAAAAAGAGAUAAAGUUACAAGAACGAGGUUGUCAUAUAGUACACAAAAAAAUUAAAUUUUGCUGGUAAAAAAUCCCAGUAAUUUGAGGAUGAGAAUAAUUUUGCCAAACAUCAAAUAUUUAGCUAUGACUUUAACUUGGUCGUUGGUCAUGUUUGCUCUUCUGCCAGAUUGAGGAAGUAAGAAAAGUCAUUGUGAGGUCAGCGCGUUGUGCUUGUCGUCCAUCGGGGGGCGCAAGCGUUCCUCUGACUCACCUGUCUUGUUGUACACACCUGAGGCCUCAAGUUAACUUCCCCCUCCCCCUCCUGGGUGUGUCCCUCCAAACAAGCAGAAACUCUCAGGGAAGGACAACUUCCCGGUUACCUUGUCUUUCUAGGGGCGGAGCCUCUCAGGUGCACACACUCUCAUACAGGUGCUUGUGUCGUGUUGUGCUGAACGUGGCGGCCAGUGUGUGUGUGUGUUCAUUUUGGGGCUUUUUGCUUUCCACCUGCUAUGAGAGCUCACACCGGGUCUGACAGUGGAAACGAGCCGAGCCAAGGCCCACCUGGCCAUGAGGGCGUCUGACAGGGAGGAAGGGAAGGCCGUGUUGUUGCACGAGGAGGUGGCCCAGCUGCAGGAAGAGGUCCAACUGCUGAGGCAAAUGAAGGACAUGCUGGGCAAAGAUCUGCAGGAUCAGUCCCAAGGAGGAGGAGGAGGCACCACCACCGGCCUGCUCUCUGCCGCGGAGCUCCGGGUUCAGCUGGGCGACAAGGAGCAGGAGUUGGACCGCGCCAAGGAGGCCUUACAAGCAAUGAAAGCGGACCGUAAGCGUCUAAAAGGGGAGAAGGGCGACCUGACGAAUCAGAUGCAGCAGCUGUACACAACACUGGAGAGCAGAGAGGACCAGCUCAGAGAAUUCAUACGCAACUACGACCAGCAUCGAAAGGAGAGCGAGGACGCGGUGAAGGUCCUUGCCAGGGAGAAGGACGUGCUGGAGAGGGAGAAGUGGGACCUGAGGAGGCAGACCAAAGAGGCCACGGAGCAGGCCAACAUACUGCGCUCUCAGCUGGACAUGAAGGAGAACAGGAUCAAGGAGCUGGAGGCCGAGCUUACCAUGGCUAAGCAGUCUCUGGCCACGCUGACUAAAGACGUACCGAAGCGCCACUCGUUAGCGUCCACGACUGAGCCCGUGGUGAACGGCAGUCAGGAGUGGGUGAUGCAGGCCGACCUCCCGCUGACCGCCGCCAUACGGCAGAGCCAGCAAACGCUCUACCACGGACACAACGCGGACAGACAAGCUGUGGUCAAGAUUAGCCCCUGCCACUCGCGCCAGCCGUCCGUCAUCUCGGACGCCUCGGCCGCAGACGGGGACCGCUCGUCUACGCCCAGCGACAUCAACUCUCCUCGCCACCGGACUCACUCGCUCUGCAAUUCCAUGGAGGACUUGGAGGACCAGAAGCGUAAGAAGAAAAAGGAGAAGAUGACUUUAGGCUCCCUGUCACGCGUCUUCGCCCGAGGAAAGCAGCGCAAGUCACUGGACCCGGGCCUGUUUGAUGACAUGCAGCAACAGAGCCUGGCCGACGGAGACGAGCAGCUGGACCACCUCCAGCAGGCGGCGCUCACCCGCACCACGUGCAUGUCUCUGUGGAGGGCGGGCACCGUCCAGGCCUGGCUGGAGGUGGUGAUGGGCAUGUCCACGUACACAUGGGCAUGCUCAGAGAACGUCAAGAGUGGCAAGGUUCUCCUCGCCCUGACUGAUGAGGACUUGGAAGUGAGACUGGGCGUCGGCAACCCCAUGCAUCGCAGGAAGCUCAGACUGGCCAUUGAGGACUACAGGAGAGCUGAAGGGGACCAAGGGAACCUGUACCACUGUCCCGGUCUGUCCAAAGCGUCGAACGUGGACCAUCACUGGGUGUCCACGUCAUGGCUGAGUGACGUGGGGCUGCCUCAGUUCUCCCACUCCUUCCAGGCCCAGCUGGUGGACGGACGAGUGCUGAGCUCCCUGUGCCGCAGAGACCUGGAGCGGUUCCUCGACAUCAGCGACCCGUUUCACCAGACCAGUCUGCUUCUGUCGGCGCAGCUGCUGCAGACGCUCGGCUUCGACAAAGAGCUCCUGCAGGCGCGACGGGCCAAAUGUGAGCAGCAGGACCUGGACCCCGUUGUGUGGACUUGCCGGAGAGUAAUGAAGUGGAUCAGGGACGUAGACCUCAAGGAGUUUGCAGACAAUCUUCAAGGGAAAGGCAUCAACGGCGCCGUGCUGGUUCUGGACGCGUCCUUCGACCUGGACGCCAUGGCCAAAGCCUUGGAGAUUCCCGGCAACAAGCAUGUGCUGCGUCGACGUCUGUACGAAGAAAUGAAAAUGCUCGCUGCCGCUAGCAGUAACAAGGCACCAGAAGGCGAGGCCAUGGCUUCUCCUACGCCCGUGGCAGUCAGCCGUUUUGCUGAGGGCAGGGUGCCCCUGAGGAGAUCCAGCAAGAGUCCGCUGAGGUUGCGUGCACACUCUGCAGAACGAAGAGUGAGUCUCCUCCAUGGCAGCUUCCAGGGAUCCUUGCCUAAAGAGGCUGGGUCGGCGCCUCGAGCCAAGGGCAGCCCCGUGCACACCUACAAAAGCGUGGAAAUCACCAAUGUGUGAAUCAAUGAUUCACGUUGACAUAAUGAACAAGAAGCCCAUGUAAAUAUUAUACAGAGCAUUUUAUGAACUCCAACUUGUUGGUGACAUUUUUAACUAAACCUGCAGAUAAAUCUGAUAAGACAAAUGAAUUGUCACCUAUUUGUAAAUAAAUUGUGCUCCUGGAAUUAAAACAUAAUAUUAAAAUUCUACAUUU